GAGCCUAGGAACGAGGUUCUGUUACAAGGAACCGCAAAAUCUUACAGCCCAUUACUGACACCGCUAACACCGCAACUCUCGCCAUGCUACUAACACCCCAACUCUCGCUCUUCCUCCGCUUUCUCCGCGAUCGCCCGCUCUCGCGCCGCUCUCGCGCCGCUCUCCAUGCCACAUGCUAUCCGCCCACUCGCUAUCGUUAGCGGGUCUCUCUCUAGCGAGUCCCCCGCCGCAUUUCUGGCCAUUAGAACAAACCCCGCACGUACCACCAAUCUCCUGGCUCCACGUGCCGUCGCGAGUUCACGUGGCAGCCUCACCAACGUCGUUCCUCUCCUCCUCCUUGUAACGGUAACCGCGCACUUUCUCUCCCUCGCCGCCGUCGCGAACGCUGCUGUGCCGACAUGCUCCAGCCUAGCAGCCAAAGCGCCCUCCUUGAACCUCCUUGCCAAUGCGGGAUUCGAGGAAACCUCCUCUGCAGCAGACUGGCCCUCUCCCAUGGCUGCCUGGGUGCCGCUCUUCCCCUCCGCAGCAGCGCAACAGGGGGGAGGGGAGGCGCUGGGGGAGGGGCAGGGGGAGGAGAUUCCGCCUGGGGACCCGUCCGUUGCAGCUGAGGGCAGUCGCUUUGUUCGCCUGCAGCCGAGCGACGGCAGCAGUGGCGGCGGCUGGGGGAGCGGGCUGAGUGAGAGUGGAGGGGCGGUGUGGGCAGUGCCGGGGGGAGUGGGGCAGCUGCUGUGCGUGGUUCGGGGGCAGGGGGAGCAGCAGCAGCAGGAGUUUUCGCUGUAUUUCUAUGCGAGGGCGCGGGAGAUCAUGUUGGGUGAGGAUCCAAUGCUGUAUUCCUCUGGCUUGCGGCCGAUGCGAGCAAUGAUCGUUGCCCUGCCGCUACCACCAUCCACAUUCGGCGGCAGCGGCAGCAGCAGCGGUGAGAGUGAGGGCAUGCUGGCUAAUGCGCUGGUAGCAGCCAUUGGCAGCGGAACGGCAGUGACUGUGGAGCAGUGGACGGUGGGCAUUCCCUGCCAAAGCGGCGACGACUCCUCUCUCUCCGGCCUCAUGCCCUGGCGCCAGCACGGCCCCUUCUCCUUCCGCCUCCCGCCCUCCUCUGCCGCUGCUCCGCUCUCCUCCGACUCCUCUGCCCCUGCUCCGAUCUCUUUCCCGCCGCUUGGCGCGGCGCUGUUUCUGGUGCUGCUGGAGGGCGCUGGGGUGGACAGCAGCAGCGCGGGGGAUGGUGGGGUGGUUGAGCUUCCCAUACCGUCCGAGCCCACGACUCCGCCCACGCUUGGUGGGGGAGGCAGCAGCGGUGCGACAGACAGCAGCAGCACGGGGAGCGAUAGUGGGGUUGUUGAGGUUCCUGUGCCGCCCACAACUGCGCCCGUUCUUGGUGCUGCACCUGUGCUGGGAGCUGCUUCAGUGUCUGACGCUGCGGCCGUGCCUGGCGAUGCAUCCGUGCUUGGAGCUGCGUCAUCGUCUACAUUGUCUUCGUUGUCUCCAGUGGCAGCGGCAGUGGAAAGUGGGAUGCUCACUUCGGUUGCGCUUGCACCGGGGAACAUCGACGUGGACAUGGUUACUGUAGCUCCCAGAGGAACAGCAGCCUCCGCCCCCCCCUCCUUCUCCUACUUCCCACUCACCUCCUCUCCCCUCCUCACUUCCAGCUCGGCCCAUCUCCUCCCCUCCUCCCUGCUCCUCACCCCCCUCUCUCCCCCCCACCAAGCGGGCCUUGCCCUGCACCCCUCCCCCUUCCCCCUCGUCUCCCCCGCCUCCCCCACCUCCCCCUGCCGCCCCUUCUCCUUCUCCUCCGCCUUCUCCUUCCGCCUCUCCUCCCCCCACCCCGCCGCUCUCGGUGCCGACGGCUUCACUUUCGUUCUCCUGCCCGACCCUACCGUCGGGCUGCCCGGAGCAAACAUGGGAUACGGGAGAAAGCUUUACCGGCAGGAGUUGCUGUUUGUUGAUGGUGGGGAGGGUGGGGAUACGAUCUGUGUGGUAGAGCCGGGCAUUCCCCCUGUCUGUACCGCCAGCGGCGGCAGCAUUAGCUACAGCGCCAGCCUGCCACAUCAGCACAGCCUGGCAGUGGAGUUUGACACGUCAGCAACUCGUCUGUUCCUGGACCCAGCCACCCAUCACGUGGGCGUGAACAGGGACUACAGCAUGACGUCAGCAGCCCAUGCGUCUGUACACCCCAUGGGCAUCCCCUCCCUCAGCACUAACACCAACCAGAGCAGCAGCAGCAGCAAGCCCAAGCAGGCCACCAACCAGACGCUAUAUGCAUGGGUGGAUUACAACGCCACGGCUUCCCUCCUCUCUGUCCGCCUCUCCCCCUCCCCCACACGGCCCUCCUCCGCCCUCCUCUCCCUCCCCCUCAACACCUGCGAUCUCUUCCACUCCGCUGCCCCAGAGGACGGGGGGAGUGGUGAGGCGGUGCUGGUGUAUGCGGGGUUUGCAGGUGGCACGGGGCUGCUGCCAACGCACACACAGACGCAUGAGAUCAUGUCAUGGUCCUUUCAAGUUGAUGACCAAGUGCCUGCUCCUGUGCCUGUGUGGCAGCGGCCCUCCCUCUCCUUCCCUUUCCUAACGCCAGCCACCCACUUCACUGCAUUCGGUGCUGCCCACCUCGGCUUCUCUGCACUCCAUCUCACCCCAGGCGACCAGGAAGAGGAAGCAGGAGCAGCCUUCUUCCCCCUCCCCCUGCCCCUCGUCUCCCUCCUCCCCGCACCCCCUCCGCGCAAGGGGAGGAAGGGCGGAAAGACUCAGACUGACACACUGGUGUGUAGGGCUCGCUCCUUCACCUCUUGGUUCGCUUUUGAUCUUAAGUCAACAGUGACUGAUGGGUUCGGGGUGGUUUUCGUUCUAAGUACUCGGCCGGGGGUGGGGCAAGGAGCGGCGGAUAUGGGGUAUGGGCGGGAUGCUGGGGAGAGGGAUGCGAAUGGGGCGUGGGCGGAUGGGGGGAGGAGCGUGGGAGUGAUGUUUGAUGCUUUUAGCGGGAAGGAUCCUGACUUUGAUGUGAACAACGAUAAGGCGUUUUUGUCCGUAUACACUGAUUUUAACGUGACACAGCGGCUGGCUUUUUCUCCUCAGAAGCGCUACACUCCAUCCUCGUUAUACGCCAUGAGGGUGGACUACACUGCAGGGACUAGGACCCUGGAAGCAGUGACUUAUAACGGGGCAAAGAGGAUGGGGAGCGUGAAGAUUAGUAUGGACCUGUGCUCUAUUUUCUACGAUGGAAGCAGCAGCACCAGCAGCACCAGCAGCAACAGCAGCACCAGCAGCACCAGCAGCAGUAACAACAGCAGCAGCGGUGGCGCUACUGGUGGGGUGAUUCCGGUGUUUGCUGGGUUCAGCAGUGCGAGCACGCGGGCAUGCGUGCAGUCGAUCAAGUCCUGGACCUUCCAAUUCACAGAUGUCAACCCAUGCACGGCAUGGGAUGUGAAUCCAUGCGGUGCCGGCAGGUGCAGUGCGGUGAAGUCAGCAGCGACAGGCACAUACACCAGCACGUGCUCGUGCCCUCUCAGCCAGCCCAGCUACAAGCUCCCUCAAAUGCCUGCCUUCCAGACGUGCCACAACGAGUUCCCCGCCUGUCGGCUCAACAGCUCUGACACCUGUGCGCCAGGCGUGUGCCUCGAUGGCUUCGACGCCUCCUCCCUCUGCCUCUGCCCGCCCAACUUCUUCACUGCUGACUACUCUAACCUCAUGAAAGGGCCUUGUAAUAUAGUGAGAGCAUCGGCCUCUCGAGUGCCCUUCUUCCCAGCGCCCCAUGGCCUCACAUGCCCUCUGCUGCUGGACAUCUUUGACCUUGCGCCCGAAGAGCUGAUGGCUAGCAACAAGGGCAUUGCGUGCGACAAGCCCAUACCGCGUGGCCUGAUCAUCAAUGUGUCCGCCUCGGCUAACAAGACGUGCACCAGCAUGUAUACAUCUAACGAGGGUGACACGUGCGCAUUGAUCAACACUCUCUUACAGACCAACAUAACCGCCUUGAAUCGUAACAUUGACUGCUCACAGCCGUUUAUACCUGGAAAGCGCCUGUGUGUGGAGAGCAACACCAGAAACCCCACCCCCCCAGCCUCAGACUGCAUGAUUCGCAUGGCUCUGCAGCCCAACCUGCGCACGUGCCAGCAGCUCGCCAGGUUUGGUGCGGGGAGGGAGCACAUUACCCUCGCCCGGCUUUUCCGCCUCAACCCCGCCCUCUACUGCGACCAGCUGAUUCCGAGCGCUGCUGGGUGGACUGACCCUGUGCUUGACGAAGUGUGUGUACUCGUGGAUGAGUCAGGAGGUUGGGGAGGGAUACCGUGCGACACCCAACGCUUCUACCUUGUGAGGCGAGGGGACACGUGUGGCAAGCUGAUUGCGUCCAAGUACCGGCGGAAAGUGAACCUCUUUCGGUCACUCAACGGAGGGUUUGACUGUACUGUCUCGUCGCUGUGGGUCGGCAUGCAGCUGUGCUUACCGUGAUGAGACAGGGUUGAUUGUAACGGGUGGAAAGUUGACCUCUUUUGGUCACUCGAUGGAGGGUUUGACUGCACUGUGUCGUCGCUGUGGGUGGGCAUGCAGCUGUGCUUACCGUGACGAGACCCAUAAUUCACUGAACCUAACGCCCACUGAUACUAAUGUGCAAGUGCUGGCGAAAGGUGAACCGAGGUGAACCUCUUUCGCACAUAAAAUGGAGGGUUUGACUUGACUGCAUCGUGUCAUCGUCGCUGUGGGUGGGCAUUGGGCAUGCAGCUACCGAAUGCUUACUGCGAUGACGGGAUGGACAUACGAUCGAGUGAGUAACGCCUGAUGCUAACGUAACGUUUGAAUACUGACGGAAAGGUCAGAUCUUUCGGUCACUCGAAUGGAGGGUAUGACACUGCCCGUUGUCUGUCCAUCGUGGGUGCGUGUAUUGUGCUAAUGCUAACCCUUGCUUAGCAGAAUGAAGCAAUGAACCUGAACCAAAAUCUAACGUGAACCAGAAUGAAGCACUGUCCUGCACUCCACUGACUUGCUUGGCGCCGCCCUGCACUGUUCCUGAUGGCGGGGGAGCUUCGCUUCGACGCUGAAGGCCAGCCUCUGGAGUUCGAGGCCUGGCUAGCCGACCUCCGCCGCCACCUCACUGGCCAGCGGCAGGAUGGCCACUCGCUUUCGGUACACCUUGACGGUACGCUUCCUUGCCCAGACCUCUCUGCUGUGCUGCCAGCUGACCCCAUACCUGCUAAGCGUGAGUCUGUUGCGGCCGCUGCCCUUGCUCGCUCUGUCUGGCUUUCCCGUGACGCUGUCGCACAGCUUGCUAUUAGCAAUGCCCUCCCCCUGUCUGAGCGCCCACGCUUUCGGUCUAUCAUCACCGCCCAGGCUUUCUUAGAUGCUGUUAUCCAGCGCUAUUCCACCCGGCCUGCUGCCUCGGUGGGUCGCCUGAUCCUCCCUCUCCUCUUCCCUGACCUAGCGUCGUUCCCCACGGAUGCUGAUCUAGCUGCCCACCUCCGCACGAUAGAUGAGACCUGGCGCGCUGCCUGCACUGACGCACAGCUUAGAGCCCAUCAGUCGCCCCUUACCUCUACCCUCUACCUGCUUGCCACCCGCCUCCCUAACCGCCUUGCCGCUGCUCGUGACCGCUUCCUUAGCAUUCACCCCGGUGACCUCACCUUCACAGUCUUUGUAGACACCCUGACUGUUAUCGAGACCCGCCACCGCUCUAUCGCCCAGGCGAGCGGUACUGUGCCGGUCCCUCUCUUUCAGGUUUGUGCCCCCGCUCAGUGCACCUUCUCCGAUGGUUCUGCAGCUGUGGCUGAGACCGCCGCUGCAGCACAGUUCCGUCCGGGGAAGGGUCGUCGCCCCAAGUCUGGGCGCGGCGGAGGGGGUGGGGGUGCAGGUGGAGGUAGUGGUGGAGUCGGGUCGCCUGAUGGUGGAGCGGACGAGGAGACCCUGCCGGGUUCGGCUGCGCAGCCGCCCCAGCAGCCGCAGGAGCAGCAGCAGCCGCAGCCCCCGCACUAGCCGCAGCAGUCGCAGCAGACGAGGCCGGCGAGUGACCUCCCGCCCGGGUGGCCUGGUGCUGGUGGUGGCCGUGCGCGUGGUGGUGUACCGGGUGGCGGUUCGGGAGGCGUGCGCGGUCAGUACCAGCUCUAGACCGGUCCUCGCCGCGGCUUCGUUUGCGGUAAGAUUGGUCACACCACUGCCCGCUGUUUUCGUCGCCUGGACGACCUCUUUCGUCAGCGCUUCGGCCCAUCGCCUGACCUCCCGGACUGGCACAGUUUGCUUAGUCG